AUGCGUUUACACAUACCACAUAUAGACAUACCACCUGUAGACAUACAGAUGGUUAGAGUUUGUCCUGUCCUGCGCCUUGCAGGACCGACGACUUUACAUGCUCUCCAAGGCACGGGGUUGAAAAACAGCCAACUUCCAAACUCCGGGCUGUUACUGAGGCUUACUAUGCAGAAAGACUCAAUACCUAAACUUGGCCCGAUCCGGGACUCGAACCCAGGACCUCCGGGUGUGCAGCCGUACAUGCUAGCCACUACACCACCGAAGCAGUCGAUUCCAUAUAAAUCAUUAUAU